GCUGAUGGGUGAUUGAUGAGGUCAACAGCGUGGCCUGCAGCUGACUCCCGUCCUCACGUCUUCAUUGUAAAGAGCUCCUCACAGGCUCCCAGUGUCCUGCUGGUGGAGGCGUUCUGCGGUGGCUCACACAAACAGCUGAUCGACUUGCUGCAACAAAACAUCGAUGGCUGCUCCGUCUUCACGCUACCCGCUAAGAAAUGGCACUGGAGGGCGAGAACAGCGGCGCUGUACUUCAGCCAGACCAUCCCCACCUGUCCGUCAUACAGAGUUCUGUUCAGCAGCUCAGUCCUGAACCUGUGUGAGCUGGUAGCUCUCAGACCAGAUUUGUCCCGUCUGAAGAAGGUUCUGUACUUCCACGAGAACCAGCUGGUUUAUCCAGUCCGCAAAGACCAGGAGAGAGACUUCCAGUAUGGAUACAACCAGAUCCUCUCAUGCCUGGUGUCGGACGUGGUGGUGUUUAACUCCGUCUUCAACAUGGACUCCUUCCUGUCCUCCAUCUCAUCCUUCAUGAAGAAGAUCCCAGACCACAGACCCAAAGACCUGGACCUGCUCAUCCGGCCCAAGUGUGUGGUUCUGCACUACCCGGUCCAGUUCCCUGAUGUCUGCAGGCUGCUGCCCAAACACAAACUCCUCCGUAGGCCAGCAGAGCCAUCUCAUGGUGAUGACAUCAUCAUACCGCAGAAUGACCAGCAGCAGCAGACUCAAAGGAGUGAAGAGCAGCAGCAGGAAGAUCCACAUGAGUCCAGAUCUGAUCCCAGAACAGAUCAGAGACCAGGUAGUGAAGACCAGGUGAAACCUCUGCACAUCGUCUGGCCUCACAGGUGGGAACAUGAUAAGGACCCUGACCUGUUCUUCUCCACUCUGAUCAAACUGAAGGAGAGACAAGUCGACUUUCACCUGUCGGUGCUCGGAGAGACUUUCACUGAUGUGCCAGAGAUCUUCUCCGAGGCCAGGCGUCUGCUGGACGGUCACAUACUGAACUGGGGUUUCCUGUCCUCCAAAGAGGAUUACCUGCGAGUGCUGUGUGAGGCCGACGUGGUCGUCUCCACAGCCAAACACGAGUUCUUUGGAGUCGCCAUGUUAGAGGCGGUUCAUUGUGGCUGUUAUCCUCUGUGUCCGAAGGCUCUCGUGUAUCCCGAAAUAUUUCCAGCAGAGUACCUGUACUCCACACCUGAGCAGCUCUGUAAACGGCUGCAGGGACUUUGCAGGAGGCCCGACGUCGUCCGCAGACACGUUGUCAAGGUUGACACCUCCGCCUUCUCCUGGACAUCUCUGAAGGAGCGUUAUGUGACUCUACUGGCAGCUGAGUGUCCCUGAAUGCACCGUGGCAGCUCGGACCAGGGUAAUCUGCCCUCAUUAGCUCUGAUGUUCCCGAACGCACUAUGGCAGCUCAGACCCGGGCACUCUGCCUUCAUUAGCUCUGGAGUCCCUGAACACACCGCGGACCCGGGCACUGUGCCUUCAUUAGCUCUGGAGUCCCUGAACACACCGCGGACCCGGGCACUGUGCCUUCAUUAGCUCUGGAUGGUUUGGAGGUUGUCGUCAUGCCUGACUCUGCGCCAUGUCCCGCAGAAAGUGGCGGUGACUUCCAGCCCGAGCGUCUCAGGCACCUCUGAGCCCAGAAUCAAAGGCAGCACGGCGGGCCGGAGACGCCGAGUCUGGACCUGUAAACGUCCCCGUCCUCUCGCUCUCUUUUAUGUGUGUGGUUUGGGUGGAGGAGGGGGGGUUAACGUGUAAAAGCUUUCAUGUUUCCACAGGCGGUGCCACCUCAUAUAUCCGGCUGGAUCCAUUUUUACCCUUUGUGCUGUUGUGGUGGUGUUGUUGACCACAGAGACUGAGCGGCAGCCAGGCUGUGGUUUGUGUCUGUAGCCCCACCUGAGCUGCAGCCAGGUUCACUCCGAGACACACUUAAACACUCCACAGAGACACAAACUGCAGCUGGAACAUAAAUAAGAUUUUUUUCAGACAUGUUUCUGAUCAGCUCACUGCUGCCUGUUCAAUAAGGUGUCCGUUAAAAAAUGAAAAAGUAUAAACCAAUAAUUUAAAUAUUAAACAGGUAAUAAAUGAUGUUCAGUCCUCAGCAACUGCAGCAGCUCGUCUCAUCACUAAGAACUGAUCCUGGCUCAGUUUUCUGUCUUUGUGUUUGAAGUUAAGAUGUGUGAGCAGCUCACAGCUCCAGGCCUCAGGUCAGUGAUCCAGCUCCUGCAGCUACAGACCAACCAACCACUGUGUGUUUAUAACUGACCUCAGGUCAGAGGAGAGAACGCUCUAAUCACACUUUGAUCCACAGCGACAGCAGCAACGCCACUGAGCACGCUCAGACGCCUCAACCAGAACCUCCUCAGACCGUCCUCUCAACACAACAGUCCUCCCUGAGCACACUCAGACCCCCACAAUUCUGCCACUAAAGGGUAGCAGUGUGAGAUGUGUAGAGUCAACAUGUUAACACACACACACACACACACACACACACACACACACACACACACACACACACACACAGUGAACGUGUGUAUUAACAGGCCAAUGAAAAGCUUUAAUGCUUCUGUGCUUUAUGAACUCGGCAGUAAAAACUUUAUUAGUCUCAAGUUGUUCUGGAGGUUUACGAUGUCAUCAGGUCGUGACCUCAGUUCCACGCUGAUGUCACUAUCGACCUGUGUGGUGGUUACAGACUGUACUACAGCUUCAUUGUUCACACUGUGAAGCUAACUGGAUUGUGAAGCUAACUCUAAGGACUUUGAAGCUAACUCUGAGCUAACUAAACUUUGAAGCUAAUUCUGAGCAAUCUGAACUUUGAUGCUAACCCUAAGCUAAGUGGACUUUGAAGCUAACACUAAGAACUUUGAAGCUAACUCUUGAUUUAACUGAACUUAGAAGCUUACUUUGAGCUGACUGGACCUAGAUGCUUACGCUGAGCUAACUGGAAUUUGAAGCUAACACUAGGGACUUUGAAGCUAACUCUGAGUUUACGGAACUUUAAAGCUAACUAUGAGCUAACGGGAUAUUGAAACUAACUAGGUCUUUGAAGCUAAUCCUGAGCUAACUGAACUUUGAAGCUUUCCCAAGGCUAAGUGGAUUUUGAAGCUAAUAUGAGCUAACUGGACUAUUAAGUUAACUCUGAGAUAACUGGACCUAGAUGCUAACUCUGAACUAACAGGACUUUGAAGCUGACUCUGAGGUAACUAGACUUUAAGGCUAACUCUGAGCAAACUGGACUAAACCUAGAGUAUCUGUCAGUUUAGUUUAUUUGCAGGUUAAAUUCAAACAAACACCCAAAGAAUGUUUUAAACCAUUGAGUAGGGAGAGGGAAAAAAUGUGUGUUUAUUGAUAACCUUGACAUGGUUCAUGAUCGCUACUAUAGAUCUGCUCUGAGAAACAUUUUUAACCAAAUGAGAACAAGAGUUCUGUUAGUGAACAAAAGCCUCUAAUGUAUUUUGGCUGGUUAUUGUUGCCAUAGUGUUUUGUCAGUUGACCCAGUUACAUGUUUGUGAGGACCAUGUGUGUGUUCAGAGCAGCUGUUUGUUUAUUAACAGACACACAGACACAGUCUGCUGCAGGUGAAACAUUUCACCUAAGGACGACAUCAUCACCUUCACCUGGUCAUGUGA